GAGCCUAGGAGGAGCAUCGUGGCUCCAUGGAUGUCAGAGCACGUAUAAGAGCCGGGCGCAAUCGCUGCUCGACCAUCAGUGUGUUACUCGUUGAAUCCCUGCCAACAUGUAAGGUCAGAACGAUACGCAUUGCGAACCUUUCGUUAUCCAUCUCCUUCGAGAAUCGAACUCGCAUUUAGUAUUACCCAGCGCAUUCUCGCCCGGCGUUCUCUUAGUACCCACCGCAACCGCAGCCAUGGCUCGCCAACAGCGCCUCGCUAUCGCUUCUCCUAGAAACCCCCGCCGCGUGAGACGGAUACGAAGCGUCGCAGGCGGCCGAACUGGAUCCUCCGUUUCCACCGCCGCCGCGGCGGACGCCUGGACCCAGCGGCAGUGGCGGCGAGAGUGGCGCCGCAAGUGGCGAGUUAGUGGCACCGCCGGCUCCAGCCGCCGAGACGACCCCCACGACUGCCGUGGGAAGAACACUCAACCUUCAAUCCCUGCUCCCCCCCGAGCAAGCUUCAGUGGAGCACUGCACGAGCAAGCUUUGGACGGAAGCAGCGGCGGCGCUGGUUUCGACGGUGCUGGCCGUGAGCCGAGUGGUGGGCAGAGUGGGGGGGAUUUCGACGGCCCGGGCGGCGCAGGAGGGGAAUCCGAUCCUGGACGAAGAGAAUCAAAUCCAAGAAGUGGGAAAUCGAAUCAUCCCGUUCGCUGCACCGACUGUUGCUUCUGGAGUGGAUGCUCGAGUCAACGCCCAUGCUGUAGCGGCUGUAGCGGCUGGAGCGACGACAGCAGCUGUAGCGUCUCCCCUUCAUGUCGCUUCCAAAGAAGAGGCUACUGCUCGAUCCACCUCGGACGCUACGGGUGCUACAACCGCCGCAAGCUCUGGUGGGGAUCUCGCAACAUUCGCUGCUACAUCCGCUACAUCCGCUGCAGCAUCACAUGCUGACUUCGUCAUUCGCUCCGUGGCGCCCUCAGCGGCCGUUUCUCUCCUGGAGGCGCUCAGACGCGCUACAGACGCUGCCACGGCUGUAGCUCCACUGGUCACGUGGCGGGAUGACGAGGACGCUGACGUGGACGAGUGCUGCAGCAGGGAGUUCUGGGCAGCAGUUGCGGCAGAUGAUGGUGUGGCAGCAGGAGACGAGGAUUGGAUCCUGGCCGUCGAUUCCCUUGGGUUAUGGUGGCUCUUUGGACAUCUGGACGGUGCGACUGCCAACAGCGUGACUGCAUGCGAAGAUGAUUUCGGCCCCGGCUUGUGUGCGGACUCACAGCUGGAAACACAAUACGUGACUACAGCGAAUGAUGUUGAAGCGGGUGUGACUGCAACUGCUACGGGUAUUGCGACUGAACUGGAGGGGGCAAAAAAGGUGGCUGAAUGCCCAACUUCUCAUACUGGCGAUGAACUUAUCGAAGACAUCUCCGAAUGCUCACCGUCCCAUUCUUGCAACGAAGAGCGCUACAAAGAGUCCCAGGUUUUCGUGUCCGAGUUUGAGGCCCGGGCGCCCUUCCUGCACUUCUCCCUGUCCGAACAUGCUGCCCGGGUUGCUUCCUCGCCUAAUGCAGGCGGCGCUUCAGUGAUUUCCGAGAUUAAGUAUUGUGACAGCAACUGGAAGAAGGUGGACUACAUCUGCAGCUUGUUUGGGCAGCGCUUUGGAGUGUCUGUGACUCGAGCCAUGAUGUACCCUGACCCCGCCCUCUUCGAUUCUCAUCGUGCACGGGCCCUGCUCAGGAAGAAACUACAUGGGCUGGUUGUGGCAUGGUCAGGUGUAUCACCGAUGCACUGCUUCUCUCGAGCCAUUCUCCAUGUGUGGUGCGAGACAUCUCACAUUGCCAACCUGCUGCAGGAGGCAUUCCCAGAGGUUUCAAGCUUAUUGGAUAUGCAAGAAGACGUGCUAAUGGUGCUGACUGUUGCCGAAGGUCACCAAGGUUGGCCUAUCUUCUAUGAAUCGUUGUACAAGGUAUCUGGAAUGCCAAGGGAAGGAGGGGAAUGGUGUUUACGGACACAGCAUGCACAUCACCCUUGGUUCGGGAUAAAUGUGAAGCCUUGUGUAAGGGUUGUGUAAAUAGCGUGUAUAUAUUUUAUUAUUCAAGCCUAACACUUGUU